GGUUUUUAUCAGGGCAUCUCCAGCUUCGCCCUCCCAAGGGAAGCUUGAAGGUAAACAGACAAGCUACAUGUCCUAUGUGCAAGUUCCUUCUAGCCACUGUUGCAGCGGACAUCACUGCAGACGACGACAAUCUUACUCUCGAUGUAGAGUGCCAUAUCAGCCCUUUCUAUCCGCGUCAGAGCUUCCCGCAAGUAUCACUGAGGUCUUGUAGUGGGACCGCACAUUCAAAACGGCUCAUCAUCCCUUUCGAAGGCGACUUGCACAGAGAUCGUCCUCCACUGGCUGUACAGCUCUUGCCAACCGUAGUAAACUUUGGAAAAAGUCCGAAUGUGGAUGUCAUAUUGCCAAAAGCAUCACCACACCAGCUGUUCGACUCCCAAGCUUCACAAACGAGGCCGUCUUUUCAACACAAAAAUCAUCGAUUGCACAACCCGGGAAAUCAGUAAUUUCAGUGGUGAUGCCGAAUACGUAGCGCUGAGCUAUGUAUGGGGAGCAUCUGCUACGACUGUGCCUUGUAUUCAUACCGAUGAUGGGCGGGUUUAUUUACCUCCAGAUAUGCCAAGGACUAUUGAAGACGCGAUUGCCGUCGUGCUCGGUCUACGGCUACAAUACUUAUGGGUUGAUCAAUACUGCAUCGACCAGGGCGACUCCGUAGAAAUGAAUCGGCAACUGCGUUUGAUGGACCUCAUCUACAACUUUGCAGCACUUACUAUUGUUGCUUCUGCGGGAGACAGCGCCACGUUUGGAUUGCCAGGUGUAUCAUGUCCACGAGAUUCUCAGCCGAUGAUUUCCCUCGAGGGGCGCCUGUGGGUGUCAGCACUAGAGGACCCGCGGGAGUGCGUGGCUCGCUCGAAAUGGAAUACGCGAGCGUGGACCUUCCAAGAGGGCUUAUUUGGUAGACAGCGGCUGUUAUUCACGAAGACUCAGGUUUUGUUCGAAUGCAAUGGUCCCGAUUGUUUCUUCGAGUCGUUGAUCCUGGAUCCACACCGCUUUGCCAGCAAGGGAACCACUUCUACGCUGUUACGAGGUGACAGGACUGGAUGGGACAGUUUCUUAUAUAACGUCAGCGAGUACACAAAAAGAGAGACGAGCUUCCAAUCUGACGCUCUCAACGGCUUACAAGGCAUUUUUGCACAUCUCUUUAGCACUCAAGAGGUCAUACAGUGGUGGGGCAUACCAAGCCACAAGGAAGGAAUACAAAAAUUCUUUGUGCCAAGCCUGCUUUGGCACAUAGACUCAGCAGUGCCACCGCGCCGUAGAGAGGGCUUUCCAAGUUGGUCCUGGUGUGGAUGGAUCGCGCCGGUCUCUUGGGAGGCCCCAACCUGGAUGAAAUCUGGGAGAUCAACCGAGAAAAGACGAUUGUUCUCUGGAUCUGGUUCGAAUUCUGUCGUCGAUACAGUCUGUGCCAUUCAGUUCCAAACUCCAGAAGGCAACCCUGUCUCUGUGGAGCAAGCGACGGCGGAACUCAAAGACAGUCACGGUUCAACGCCGUUACGCUACAGCCAAAAUGUUCUGAUUGAAGCGGAAAUAAUACGUGUCUGUUUCAGCGAACUCUCGGCGCCCGUUCAUGAGUCCGAAUUUGGUUUUGUGAGUGCGCAACAUCCCGUCAUAUUAGCCGCGGUAUCCCAAAUGACAUUCGGCGGUCAAAAGGUGCGCAUUACCUGGCCUUUAAGAAGCAUGUUUUCUAUCACAGAAGACCCUCGUCUCCAUCCGAUUCACCGCGCAGAGCCCCUCAAGGUUGUCGUAAUCGACAAGCUAUACGGCUUAGUCGUCUGCGCUGUCGGAGACGUACAGGAACGUAUUGGCUUGAUCAAACUGGAAGGCGAGAUUGAACCAGAGGAUGACCGGGCCUUACAGCUUCACGUCGUUGAGUGUGAGGAAAGAUGGUGUGGUGGGAGCAAGGAGGCCGGUCCUGUCACGAGACCUAGCGCACAUUUGCGUGAUCAUUUUCCGUGUGCUCGUGAAACCGUUGUCGUGGGAUGAGCUCACUAUGCUAGAUUCAUCAAC